UAAAAAUUAACCGGGUAGUUUAAAGAAAAAUAAUUAAGGAAAUGCAAGUCAAUUCCUUGUCAAUGAAGUCCAAGUCAACACGCGCCAAACUCGUCGACGGUCGAACCUCAAAGUCUCCAAACGACCAAACCUAAUUCUUUCUCGCCAACCCCAGCAGAACAAAAAUCAUUCACAAUUUCACAUCAACAACUACAAAUUAUUCUCUUCCCCAAAUUAAACCACAACGCAUAAACCAUAGAUUAUAUCAAUAUGGUAUCAUUAAAAUCCCCAAGAGUGCGAUUUACCACUGUUACCCUCUUAAUGAUCGUUUAUAUAAUCGGGUUCAUUGAUAAUCACAACUCUAUGGUAUAUGGCCAAUCAUGCGCCGGGGAUAUCCCUAGCCUUGUUAGCCAAUGCGCUAAGUAUGUGCGGAAGGUGGGUGCGAAAUCCCCACCUUCCGCGCAGUGUUGUGCUGUGGCAAGGAACGCGGAUGUUAUUUGCUUAUGCAAGUAUGUUACUCAAGGAGUCGAAAAGUUUGUAAGCGUUGAUAAAGCGGUUUAUAUUGCUCAAUAUUGUGGGAUUCCCUUUCAACAUGGUGCUAAAUGUGGAAGUUACACAAUUCCAUGAGCAAGUCGAUGAUGAUGCCACGCUCUGAAUAAAAUACAAUAUGCCUACGAUCGAUAGUAUAUAACCAAAUGUUAAAUUAUGUUAUGUAUGCACUACCAAUAAUAGCUGAGUAGUUAAGUAAUGAUAUCGCUCUCACCUUAUAAGAGUCCAUCAAAUUAGUAUCCUACUGGAUUAUGUAUUUCCUGAUUAUGAUGCAACAGAUGUUCAACAGGAGAUUUGAAUAGAGUAUUCUGGAGUUCUAGUUUUAUAAAAGAAACUUGUAAAAUGUAUUUCUUUCUGUUUUUAAUGAAUAAACUCUUUUUAUUUA